GGGAGGGGAGCGGGGUCCGAGCCCCGCGCAGCUGUCGGGGCUGAGGGGGCACCGCGGAGCUGCGGGGACAGCGAGCCGCCCCCGGCGGGCACCUGCGGAGGAGGUGCCGGGCGGGAAGAAGCCCGCGCGGGGGAGAAUCCGGAGGCGGCCGCCGGCCCCGCGCGCGCGCGGCUUCCACAGUUCCAGUCGCUGCUUUUCCUCGAGUGUUCGCUGGAGCGAGCACAAGACAACGCUCUUUCCCCACUUCCACCGAGCUCAGGCCACGUCCUACACAGACAAAGGAGAAAAGCCCCAACGAGGCCGCUUCAUCCAUUUCCACUCCAUCACCUUCUGGGUCGGCAAUGCCAAGCAGGCUGCAUCCUACUACUGCAACAAGCUGGGCUUCGAGGAGCUGGCCUACCGGGGGCUGGAGACCGGCAGCAGGGAGGUGGUGUCACAUGUCAUCAAGCAGGACAAGAUCGUGUUUGUUUUCUCCUCCGCUCUGAACCCAGGGAAUGAGGAGAUGGGGGAGCACCUGGUGAAGCACGGGGACGGGGUGAAGGACAUCGCCUUCGAAGUGGAGGACUGUGACUUCAUCGUGCAGAAAGCCAAGGAGCGUGGUGCUGUGGUGGUGAAGGAGCCGUGGGUGGAGCAGGACAAAUUUGGGAAGGUGAAAUUCGCAGUGAUCCAGACGUACGGUGACACCACGCACACCUUGAUAGAGAAGCUCAACUACAAGGGCCUGUUCCUCCCUGGGUACCACCCACCCCUCUUCAAGGACCCCCUGCUGCCCAAGCUACCAAGUGCCAAGCUCAGCUUUGUUGAUCACGUUGUGGGGAACCAGCCUGACCUCCAGAUGGUCCCAGUGGCGGACUGGUACCAGAAGAACCUGCUCUUCCACCGCUUCUGGUCAGUGGAUGACAAGCAGCUGCACACCGAGUUCAGUGCCCUGCGCUCCAUCGUGGUCACCAACUACGAGGAGACCAUCAAGAUGCCCAUCAACGAGCCAGCCCCUGGCAAGAAGAAAUCCCAGAUUCAGGAAUACAUUGAUUACUACGGAGGGGCCGGAGUCCAGCACAUCGCACUGAACACCCCCGACAUCAUCUCAGCGAUCACCAACCUGAAGCAGAGGGGCAUGCAGUUCAUGGAUGUGCCCUCCAGCUACUACCAGGUGCUGCGGGAGAGGCUCAAAACAGCCAAAAUCAAAGUGAAGGAGAACAUUGACAAGCUGGCGGAGCUGAAAAUCCUGGUGGAUUUUGAUGAAAAAGGCUACUUGCUCCAGAUCUUCACCAAACCAGUUCAAGACAGACCCACGGUCUUUCUGGAGGUGAUCCAGAGGCACAACCACCAGGGCUUCGGCGCCGGGAACUUCAAGUCUCUGUUUGAAGCCAUCGAAAUGGAUCAGGAUGCCAGAGGAAACCUGACUGUGCUGGAGCCCAACGGGGAGACCAAGAGGAUGUAGGGGAUGGCAGGAAGUGCCACCCUCAUCCCCAAGGAGCUGAAUCCCAAAUGGACUGGGAAACAUCCCGUGUUUUGGUAAAUAGCCCAGACCGGAGUGCCACAAAGCCGGGGAAGCCACUGCCAAGCUGGACAAUGCAAAAGGACCCAACACCUCUGCCAGCCCAGCCCUGGCACUGCCCUUCCAUGACCUCCUGGGAGAUGGGGUGUGGGAAAUAGCAAACACACUCUCCAAAAGCAGCUUAAUCUGAUCCAAACCAUGGAAUUCUUAACAAAGGGCAGGUUUAAGGCAUGUGCCAAAGACAUGCAGCUACAGAGGAAGACAGAAGAAACAACUGGGAGUGCUCCAAUGUAGUCUAUCCAAAGUUUUAAUUUUAGCUGCACGGGAAGCUGCGAAAGCACGGAGGCGUUUUCCUCUCUGCACAUCUCCUUUUGUAAGAUUUUGGUUUAAUUGCUUUUAGACUCAAUCUUCAAUUUGAAUUUGCUGAGAAUAAACAUGGUU